UUUUUUUUUUUCUGGUAACAAAAAUUCCUCAUCUCUCUCUUCUCCAAUCUGAUCCAACACUAUUCCCAGUUGGAUUUUCUCCUAAUAAUUCUACAGAAUCUUGAAAAAAGAAGAGAUUUUUCCAUCAAAGGUACAAUCUUUUUUCUUCUUUAGCCAUGUAUAACACUUGUGUAAGUUCAACUCUUACACUAAAGUGUAAAGGGUCAUCUUCAUUUUCAUAUUAUGAUCAUUCAUAUUGCUCUAAUGAUAGAUUUGGUAGAUACCCAUUUGCUUAUUCUUCCUCAUUAUCAUCUCCAUCAUGUUGUUCUUGUUCUUCAAAUGCUUCUAUGUUGUACAGAGUGCCUAUUUGCCCUAAUUCCUUAUAUGGGUUGAGACAAUCUACUUUAAUUCAAUGUAAAAAACUGAUCUUGGGUGGUUUAGAUAGAUAUUAUUCAAGAUUUCCAGUUUAUGAUGUUGAUAGGGAGUGUAGUUAUGAAAAAGUUUGUUCUUUGAAAGGAAAUGGUGUUAGUAGAAGAGGGGGGAAAUGGGGGAAGGGGAGAUAUAGGUGUUUGGUGUUUGAGGAAAGUAGUGAAGGAAGUGGCGUUUCAGAGUUUGAUGAGGCUGAGGUUAUGCUUAGCUUGUUGACUGAGGAUGUGGAUGAGGAGUUGUUUGGUGUGAGAGAGAGGAAUGGAAGGUCGUCUAAGAGGAUAGAUGCGGAGAAAAGGAAAAAUGGGGAUGUGAGUAAUUAUGUUGGUAAGAAGAAAAGGGAUGAAUCCGGUGCUAUAGGGAGUAUGUCGAAGUAUAAGUAUGAAUAUGAAGUGAUUCCGUCGAGGAAGGAGGAGAAGAGAAGGGAAGAAGAGAGGCCAUCAUUGUUAAGGAGAGAGAGGCGAAGGACAAACCAUAAAGAGGACGAAAGAGCUUCUUUAUUGAGGGAGAGUCAGAGAGAUAGAGCAAGAGAAGAAGAGAGUUUUAGGAGAGAGAAUCGAGGAACAAGGCAUACGGAGGAAGAAAGAGCUUCCUUGUUGAGGGAGAGUCAUAGAGAUCGAGCAAGAGAAGAAGAGAAGGAAGCAUUGGUUAGGAGGGAGAACCGAGGAACAAGGCACACGGAGGAAGAAAGAGCUUCCUUGUUGAGGACGAGUCACAACGAAAGAACAAGAGAAGAAGGGAGGGAAAGUUUUUCAAGAAGGGAGGACCACAGGCAGAGACUGAGGAAAAAUGGUUCUAGCUGUUCUUCAUACUAUUCUGCUUCUUCAACAGGUGACCUUGAUUUUGACAGUGAACUGCAGAUUGAGGAUGAGCACUUUGAAGAAGAAUUGUCAAGGAAGCAUGGAGGAGAUUUGAGGAGUGAAGGUGUUGCAUUGGAGGAAAGAGAUCGGAAUUACACUGCUAAACAAGGGGUUGUUUCACGGAAGGACGAUUCUGCAGUGGGAUUGUAUAGUUCGACUGGUGACUGGAGAAAGAAAUCGGAGAAGAGGCUUACUGACAUAUCAGUUGAGGAGAUUGCAUCAAGAAAGGAAUCAAUGCAGAGGCAUUCGAGGAUAUCUCAGAUUCAUGGAAGUAGUUCUGAACAGGUUGCUGGUUCCUCCACAAAAUAUGAUGACACAAAACAAGAAUCAGCCUCUAUUACAAAGUUUGAGGGGAAAACAACUGGACAACAUGAGCAAGCAGGACAAUCUAAUACAAAUAUAAAGUAUAAACAAUUUGUUGAUACAUCUGAGAGUCAUGGCGUUAAAUCUAAAACUGAUUAUAGCACAAGAAAAUCUUAUCAUGAAACGGAAGAAACCUCCAAUGAGGCUCUGAUUCAAAUUCAACAAGCUAGAGAAGAAUAUAGUAAAAAAAUCGGGAGCAUCAUAAGGGAAGAUGAAUAUAGGAGAAGAUCUCGUAGGUUCAAUCAAGAGUCUAAUAUCCAGAAAAAUGACAUUAGGAUGGAGUCAGCAAUUCAGGGAGUCUCUGAUACUGAACUCAGGAAGAAGGUCUCAAAUGAGCACCACCAAUCUAGUCAGAUCACUGAGUUAGUUGAGUCGAGAGAAAAAGCUGAAGGACUAACUAAAGCUGAUGAAAAAAGAACUCAUGUUUCACAUAGGAAAUCAGAGACAAGGAUGAAAAACCAGGAAGAUUAUACAAACCUUCUCAACAAGUCAUCAGUAGAAUUCAAAGAGCACUCCUCCCAAGCCAGAAUAAGUGACUCAAGAAACACAAAAUCAGUGAUGGAAUCACAUGAGAAAAAAACUCUCCUAGGUGCGUCGAGUACGUUAACUACUCAUUCCAGUGACACUAGCAGUGUUGAAGUAACACAGGCAAACAAAAGAGAGGCGAAAGCAUCUUCCCAAGUAUUAUCAGGACGCUCAUCAAUUAUGGAGUCAAAGACUGGGUUUUCAACUCAAGCAGUUUCUGAUUCAGGCGUUCGAAGAGGUUUUUCACUACAGCACGAACUUACCUCAGAUAGGGCUCCACAACCUCAGCACAAAACACAUGGUGAAUCCAGAAGGGAUGAGGUUCUUGGUUCGUCUUCAAAUUUCACAUCCCAUGAAGAUGCACUUGGUUCAGCUGAUCGAUUGCAGAAAUCCUCGACACAUUAUGUUGGCGAAUUUGUAGAGAAAGUCAGGCAUGAGAUUUCAAACACUCAGAUUCUGAAUGAGAUUAAGACCUCUGAGACAAAGUUGAUUAACGUGGGAGAGCAGCAUACUCAAAAAGUUGUAGGCCAACGUGUUUGUGGUGAUUCUCAAUCAAAUGAGAAUGAAUCAAGGCAAUCCCCUUUGGUUUCAAGGGCUAAGGGACCUUCAGAUGAAAUGUGGGAUGUAACUGAGCCCUCUGUCCAGGAGCCUCCUGAGAUACAAGUAUCAGAGGAUGCAGACAAAGACAAAACAGCUAUUGUCAAGAGAAGUGGUAGGUCCUUGUGGAAUAUUAUUGGAGAUAUUGUUCAUUUGCGAUGGUCUCGUUCUGAUCGCCAUACUUUGACCUCUAAAUCUAGUAGAAGGAGCUCAUCUAAUCAAUCCACAAGUAGCGAAACAUGGUUUUCUGGUGCAGAGGAUAAUAAUAGUGAGAAUGCAAAAAACAUCAGAAGGUCGAACCAAGAAUCUGCAUCUUUGGACUGGCAACGGCAGAAAAUGGUUCGCUCUCAUAGUUCUGGAGAAGCAUCCAGCUCAAGGGAACAUAUGAAGCACACAUUGGUGGAAACAUCAUCUUCACCAAUUGUUUUACAGAGCAGUUCACCAUCCAAAACUAUUCAACUGCCUUCUGCUGAAGACACUACUGGUAAAAACUUUCAAGGUAUCUAUGGUGCAAUUGUCCCAGAAGGGGGGCUUCUGAUUUCUUCAAUUCCGGUGAGAACAUCACCUGUUGUAGAAGAAAUAGCAGAAAUUGGACAAACUGUUCCAUCCAGCAGUAGCAAAGGGCAAUCAGUUUCCCCAGUCUCUGGUGAGGUAUCAGGGUCUAAGGUUAAAGAUGCUGAAAUGAGACACGGAAAGUUUCAGAGGUCCCAUCAAUUUGAAAAAGACAGGUUUGAUGAGUGGGAAGACGCAUUCAAGCUUGAAAGCGAUCAGCGGAAAAUUGAUGAAAUGUUUAUGAGGGAAGCACUAAUGGAAGCCAAAAAGGCUGCUGACAAUUGGGAAGUACCUGUUGGGGCUGUGCUGGUUCAUGAUGGAAGAAUAGUUGCUCGUGGAUACAACCUUGUAGAAGAACUGCGUGACUCCACUGCCCAUGCAGAAAUGCUGUGCAUACGUGAGGCUUCAAGCACACUUCGGACGUGGAGACUUUCGGAUACCACACUUUAUGUAACACUUGAGCCAUGUCCUAUGUGUGCUGGAGCAAUACUUCAAGCUAGAGUUGAUACUGUUGUAUGGGGAGCUCCAAAUAAGCUCCUAGGGGCUGAUGGCAGCUGGAUUAGGCUUUUCCCUGAUGGAGAUGGAGAAAAGAGCUUGGAACCAACAAAUAAGCCUCCUGCUCCAGUUCAUCCUUUCCACCCAAACAUAACCAUCCGACGUGGAGUGCUGGCAUCGGACUGUGCAGAUGCUAUGCAGCAGUUCUUUCAACUAAGAAGGAAGAAGAAGGAAAAGGAAAAGGAGUCUGAUUCUCCACCACCACCACCUUCAUGUCUUCCCAUUUCAAGACACCACCAUCCGAAAUUCCUCAGCAAGAUUCACGACGCGUUUCAUAUCAUGUUCUGCCUGUGAUUUUUUGUU